UGAUUGGCAGGAAAAAAUGACCACCGACCCUCAUUCGCCAUAUAGGUGAUAUCAUGAAGUCAGUUGAAGCUGUAGCUUAUGGUAACAGAGGUUAGUAGUCUGUCUAAACGGGUAGUUUAACACAAGUCCUCAAUCUUUAUUUCCGACAAAGUGGAAAAGGAACGAAGUGGAAACUAAACCAGCUGGAAUUUGCCAGAACAAUGAAGACCCUGGACUUAUGCUUUAGACUUGUGUGCAGUUUUAUUGCUAUUAGCACAGUAUGUGGUUUCUACCUCCCGGGUUUAGCUCCGGUUAAUUUCUGCGAAGAGGACAAGAGAACCGGUGACUGUCAGAGUGAGAUCCAGCUCUUUGUAAACCGGUUGGACUCUGUGGAAUCCGUCCUGCCCUAUGAGUAUAACGUGUUUGAUUUUUGCAAAGAUGAAAUGGAGAAGAGGCCCUCAGAAAACCUCGGGCAGGUGCUGUUCGGGGAGAGAAUUGAGACCUCACCGUACAAGUUCAAAUUCAGGAAAGAUGAGCCUUGCCACAUAGUGUGCAAAAAAACAUAUGAUGCAUCUAAACAGGAAGAUAAAGCUAAUUUGGACUUUCUUAAGAGAGGCAUGGAGCUGAAUUACCAGCAUCACUGGAUUGUUGACAACAUGCCUGUAACAUGGUGUUAUUAUGUGGAGGACAAUCAAAAGUACUGUAAUCCUGGCUUUCCCAUUGGUUGCUUAGUAACCUUCGAUGGACGAUCUAAGGAUGCAUGUGUUCUCAGCUCGGAGUUCAACAAGAAAAAUACUUUCUACCUCUUCAACCAUGUGGAUAUCACCAUAACUUACCACAGUGGGGAAAAUGAGAGUUGGACCGGUGCUCGGCUAGUUGGUGCUCGACUGGAGCCAAAAAGCAUUAAACACAGUGAGGAAAACAGCCAGACAUGUGACGGGCCGCCCAUGGACAUACCAAAAGAGUUCAGUAGUAAUCUGGAAGUGAUCUACUCUUAUUCAGUCAAGUUUGAGAACACAGAUCAGAUCAAAUGGGCUUCAAGGUGGGAUUACAUUUUGGUGUCCAUGCCUCAUACAAACAUCCAGUGGUUUAGCAUCAUGAACUCUCUGGUCAUUGUGCUCUUCCUCUCUGGCAUGGUGGCCAUGAUCAUGCUGAGAACACUUCACAAGGACAUCGCCAGGUACAACCAGGUGGACCAGGCAGACUUGGUUAAGAUCCACCUACAGUCAGGCAUUGUAUAUGAGGAUGCCCAGGAGGAGUCAGGGUGGAAGCAGGUACAUGGGGAUGUGUUCAGACCGCCCAGGAGUGGCAUGCUGCUGUCUGUCUUUCUAGGGCAGGGCACACAGAUUUUCAUCAUGACCUUCAUCACGCUCUUUCUAGCGUGCCUUGGAUUUUUGUCUCCAGCGAACAGAGGAGCCCUUAUGACCUGUGCAGUGGUGCUGUGGGUUCUGCUGGGCACACCUGCCGGAUAUGUAUCAGCCAGAUUGUACAAGAGUUUUGGUGGUGACAAAUGGAAAACGAAUGUUUUAUUGACCGCACUUUUGUGUCCUGGCAUUGUGUUUGCGGAUUUCUUCUUGAUGAAUCUGAUUCUGUGGGUGGAGGGCUCAUCUGCUGCCAUCCCAUUCUCAAUACUGGUAGCUAUCCUGGCACUGUGGUUUGGCAUUUCCGUUCCUCUCACCUUUGUAGGUGCAUACGUCGGCUUCAAAAAACCGGUGAUUGAAGUGCCAGUGCGAACAAACCAGAUCCCACGGCAAAUCCCAACGCAGUCCUUUUUUACCAAACCUGUUCCAGGCAUCAUCAUGGGUGGCAUCCUGCCCUUCGGCUGCAUUUUCAUCCAACUCUUCUUCAUUCUCAACAGCAUCUGGUCUCAUCAGAUGUAUUAUAUGUUUGGCUUCCUGUUCCUGGUGUUUAUUAUCCUCCUCAUCACAUGUUCAGAAGCCACCGUUCUGCUCUGCUACUUUCAUUUGUGUGCUGAGGAUUAUCACUGGUGGUGGCGAUCAUUCCUCACUAGUGGAUUUACUGCGGUUUAUCUCUUCAUCUAUGCUGUACAUUAUUUCUUUUCCAAACUUCAAAUCCAGGGAGCUGCCAGUACUAUACUUUACUUUGGCUACACCAUGAUCAUGGUUCUCAUAUUCUUCCUCUUCACAGGCACCAUUGGCUUUUUUGCCUGCUUCUGGUUUGUAAAUAAAAUCUACAGUGUGGUGAAGGUGGACUAAAGUGGGGCUCUCAGCACUGGACUCUCUGGACAAUGUGAGGAAAUAUCUUCAGUGUUGAGCUUCGAUUGGCAGACUGUUGGGGAGAAAUGUCCUUCUUUGCUUGUAAACUAGAUUUACUGUCAUAAUUCUGUUUCUACUGUAUGUAAUUUGGUUGAUUUAGUUUGCACAAUUAACAUGUUUGAACAUUAUGAAUGUGAUGGACAAGCUGGCUAGAGAGAAAAGCAGAAGUGAGCAGGCUCAAACAUUUGCACAUGAAAGGGUUAACUUGUCAUUCCCAAUUGCAGACUCUAGAAAUUGUAAAAGAGUGAAGGAAAACAAAUUGUGAUCAAAUAAAUCUAUAUGGGAGGCCAUCUGCUACCUGAACCUUAAGCACACAUUGAUCUCGGACUAGAAAAGGUAUUCAGAUCUCAUGUGUGUGUAUAUAUUACGGUUUUAUAUUAAUCUCCAAAUAUGUUCAUUCCUUUCUUUUUUUUAAUUUUUUUUAUUUAUUUUAAACCUGUUCUGCUGUAAGUUUUAUAAUUUGAAUGUUAAAAUAUGGAAUCCAGUGUCACUUUUAGUUCUGUUUUAUAAAAUAGUCUUUGCAAAAAGGUGAAAAGAUUUGUUAAUAAUAAUAAUAAUAAUAAUAAUAAUAAUAAUAAAAAAAAGGAUUUAAAAGGGAUUAUUCAUCAUUAAUGAUUGGGUUUUAAAAUGACUGUUACUGUAUCUUUCGUCAACAACCUGUUAAAUUUUUACGGCCAUCACACAUUGACUUUGUAAAACCAAGAAAGGAAUUGAUUUAAUAAGUUGACAGAGACAAAGUUUUGUUUCAGCUUUGCUUCAAGACCUUUAAUUGAAAAUCAUGUGAGGUAUAGCUAAAGAUUCUUGUAUCAUGAAACAAAAAUAAAACACAAUAUAAAUCAUUACAAUAUUUAUCUACAUAGUUUAAAACAAUUCAGUUCUUAAUAUAAGUACAAGUUUGUUUGUUUGUUUGUUUGUUUGUUUUUAAAAAUGCCUUGCAUUAUAAGGAUCUUAAUUGUUUACUCAUUAAAUAUUUGAUUUACUACA